UUGGGAGCAGACAUGCAGGCAGUCGACCACUGCAAAGUGUUGAGCGCAGGACAGACGGGGUUUAGCCCACGGCACUCUUCCUCUAUUUAAAAGAAGACCCCAAACCUCUGCUGUGAGGCGCCCACACUCAUCCCAACCAAUAAUGUGAACAUCAGGCGGAAACCUUUGUCAGAUGUUUGAACUAACCGUCGCUUCUUUAUCACCGCGUCCCGUCUAUUUUCAACAUUGUCACAGAGUUUGCAGUCAGGUUACAGUAGGCUAUCCACAAGGACACCCGGAGUGAGAUGCGGCAAUGUCCCGAGGAAUAUGCCCACGCGUGAACUCUUGCGGAUCCUUCUGGAUUUCGUCGUUGGCCAUUUUUGCGGCGACCGUCAUUUGCGUGGACGCGUACAGCUGUCAUGAAGUGAGGACCGCUUUCCAGGUGCGGCAGGUCGGACCGCUGCAACGCGUACCUGAGACACCUGGCACAGAUGUGGAUCUGCUGAUUUGUAAGCACCAGGGUCCAUCAUGCUGCACCCGGAAGAUGGAGGAGAGCUACCAGUUAGCUGUAAAACGAGAAACACUGCACAACAUUCAGUCCUACAGCUACGAGCUUGAGCAUCUCAUCUCUGGCCACUCAGAUGCCUUUCAUGAUAUGUUCCAGUAUCUUCUCUCCUUCUCCCAAGGCCACCUGAGUUCUCUGUUGGAGGGAAGCUAUUCAGCCGUCUCCCGCCAGACCCUGCCCCAUGUAAAUCAACUCUUCUCCUCUCUCUCGCUCUACCUCCGUGGGGCCAACGUCUCCGUGGAGGCAGCAGUUCACCAGUUUUUUAACAACAUCUUCCCGCUCGUCUACAUGCGGCUUAUCAAUCCAGGCAUAGAAGGCAGCAUGAUGGGAAACGAAAUGGGUGACUGUCUCCGUAUGACCAGGCAGGAUGUCAACCCGUUUGGGCCUCACCCAGACGUCAUGGCCCAGAAGCUGGCGGGGGCUUUGGGGGCAGGGCGACAACUGGUUCUGGCCUUGGAGGAAGGUCUGGAGGUUAUGAAUGUCACCCAACAUGCCAGUCUGAGCAAAGAGUGUGUAAAGGGCCUGGUGAAGAUGGUGUACUGCUCCCACUGCAGAGGCUUGACGCUAAUCAAGCCCUGUGUGGGGUACUGUCUGAAUGUAAUGCGAGGUUGCUUGGCCAGCGUGUCAGAGCUGGAUCAGCCUUGGAGGAGGUACACCAGUUUGUUGGAGCAACUCACCCAUGGGAUGGCCGGACACCACAGCCUGGAACUAGCCCUGCUGGGGGUCAGGGAGAACGUUAAUGAGGCUUUGCUUUAUGCACAGCUCCACGGUCCACUCAUUACUGCCACGGUGGACAAGGUGUGUGGCCUGUCUACGAGUGAACCCACAGGCACGCAGCCGACUAGCACAGAGGUCGCAACCUCUACGGUGACCUCAUCUUCUCCUCUUCCAUCUGCCGCCUCCUCCCAAGCUUUACCGGAACAGUGGCCGGGACAGAUAGCCCACUUGCGGAACUCAUUCCCCCUGAAACCCUCCAAGAACAAUAAACAUAGUCUGAGAACGCUCUCUAGGGAGUUCUUGGUGUACCUGCAACGCUACAAAUCCUUCUUUGCCGCGUUGCCAGAGAUGAUGUGCGAUGGUGAGAAUGUAGUGGACGACUCCACUUGUUGGGGAGGAGACGGUGUUUUGCAAAGUUACAACGGCAAAGUUGUAGGAAUAGGUGUGCACGCACAGAGGCAAAACCCAGAGGUCAAAGUUCGCACUGUGGACCCUUCGAUGGCUGAGGUCAAGGAGAGAUUGGAGCACUUUAACCAGGAGACCCAGGAGAAGUUUCCAAAACUGGACCAGAUGGAUCCCUGGGAUGAGCUGGGUAGUGGGGAAACAGAGGAGGGCAGCACCACAGACUGUGAUGAUGAAGACGGUUGUCAAGCUUCGGGAGAUGGUCAAGAAAAAGAGUCACAUGAAGUCGUCUCCAGUGAAGGACUUGGGAGAGUGCCCGGAGGUGACAACCCACAAGUGAACCCUUCCAGGCCCCCCUCAGUGAGGGUGAUAGGGGGCUUGCCAUCUGUCAGCUGGAACUUUGCACUGCUUUUUGCUGGACUCUGCUUGCAGUGGAUCCUGUUCUGAUGCCAGCGCCGUCUGUGAAUCGACCCUCACCCCUGCCCCUUUAGGAUCCUACAUGCACACAGAUAUUCAUAUACAUAUCACACAUAUGCUCCUUGCUCCUGUCCUACAGGGUUGGAUGGCCAUUAAGGGAAACUACAAGCAUUUUAGGACACUGUAGAUGUGGGUCUAUUACAGGAACUCGUUCUGUAGCAUCACCAGUGUGAGUGUUUGCACAAACUGAUUCCAUGUACUCUCAUCUACAUUGAUAUGGCUUCCUGUUUCCACUGCGCAGUUAGGGGCUAAACAUGAGUAUUGACAUACGAAUACGGCCCUACAGCUCAAUGACUGUGUCAUUCUGAUUUUACUUAAACAAAUAUAAACACUCACUCACAAGAAUUUUACAUAUGCAAGUCUUCCUUUUCUGCUGCUGGUUUUAAUCCUUUCAAGCUAAUAAGCUCAUCGCGGCGCCGCUCGACAGCCAGGCAGAAGGACUCAGCUCAUUUGAAAACUCGACUCAUUUCUUUUUGUGGAUUAAGGAAUGCAUGAUAGACUGAUAGAUGAAUCCCAGGCGCCUGGCCCAGAAGUGAAGAUUUGACAUACUCUAAUGACUGUGUACUUUGGCAGGGAUUAAAAUGUAAUGACUUCACAGGUACAACGCAGGCACACUUGCACGGCUGAACAUAUUGAGCAGAUGAACUAGGUGUGUAUAGUAACUGUAUAUAGGUGGAAAGAUUUGAUGAGUUUAUGAGGGUCUGAUACUUAAAAAAAAAAAAAAAAAGAAGAAGCUCUGAACAGGUUGAGCUGAAUGGGUUUUUGUUUUCAGAAAUUAGCAAUGGAUGGACUGUGCUUGACCGCUCCAUAUUAGAUAGAAACCAAUGCAAAAAAAAACACAAAAAAUUUAUUGUCCAUCAAAAAUAAAGCAGGAAUGUGCAUCAACUUCCAUCUCAAGCCCUUGGGCAUUUAACAAUAUGUGUUUUUGUCUAUACUUAUAUUCUUGAGGGGGAUAUUGAGGACUUUGCUGCCCGAGCACAGCCCACAUACUCACGUGUGUUUUUUGCCUGGCUCGUUUUUAUCAAGGACACAUUGAGAAGUAACUUGUGUGCCCUUGAGACAACCAGGUGUCCCAGGAAGUAAUUCAUGUGUGCUGUUCUGUUACAGAAUGGUCAUCUUUUCAAGUCCGAACUACCAAAUACACAAGCUCACGUACAUGUUAUUAAAAACACCCCUUCACAUAAAAGGACAUUUGAACGAAAUGUGCACAAUGUUGGUUUAACCAAUGUUUCUCGUGCAUCCUGUUUUGUGUGUUUGCUUGUUGAAUUGCACAUUAAUGCAUGUAUUAUCUGAAAAGGUUGUCAAAAUUGUUUGUCCCUUCACAUUAUUAGCAAGCCGACUUGUGUGAGCUUUACAAGAACAGCACGUUUCCAUCAGGUGGUUAGGAGCACAUGAAAUAUGCAAUGCGGUGUCAUCAGAAGGUGGUCUGAGAGGAUACCUUAAGCAUGGGUGCAAUAAAUAAAACAAGUGUGUGUUAAAAGUCUUCAACAAAGAACAAGAAGAAGCAGUCACCUUGGCCCACAACAAGAGAAAAAGGAGAGGGCUCGAGGAUUUUAGGACAUGUAGGAAGUUAUACUUUCAUGUCAGCUAGGAUUGGCUAAAGUAUUUCCAUUUCCCACUAAGCGCCUUUAAAAAAAAAAAAAAAGUCAGCUUUUUUUUCAAACUUUUCUAAAGUGAUACCACCUAAAAUAUGGAAACCUUUCUUUCCCAUCAUUACUGUCACAUCUGAUUUUCCAUUUUUCUUCCAAAGUAUAGUUUUGGAUUACAACCCAGGUAGGUGUAGCACACAAAAACCCCUAAAUUAUAUGAACAAUCCUGCAUGAUUCCUCAGUUUGAUCGACUAUGGUAUUGUUUAGUUCCUCCUCCUGUAUUGUGUCAAAUGUUUAGUCCUCUGUUGGACUCCUAAGCUCCGAUAUCUGCACACCAUUCCUUGGAACUGCAGCAGUUCAAAGCAAAAAUCUUCAGUUUAUUAUUUCUAAAUGAUUCUGCAUGGGAAUGGAGAAGACAGAAUGACCUGACUACAGUGGCUUCUUCUGUACAGCUGUUUCCUUUCUUGUGCUGACGGGAAUAUUAUAUCUACUGUUAUUAGCACGGUGGAGUGCCUGUGUGAAUGAGGAUAAUGAAUGUAUGGUCAGUGCUAUGCAAACUCAGUAUAAAGCUGACUAUACCAUGUAAAAAAAAAAAAAAAAAAAUUAAAAAAAGCUACACAGAAAGAGUAUCUAAGCUAAAUAGGUGUAUACAAUACACGCAUAUACAUACAUUAACCCUGCAGUUAAUGACAAGUGACUGUUGCGAUGUAGGGUUUUGGCAGUUCAAGUGUGUCACACUUUGUGUUCUGUAACCAUAACUGUUUGUUUCCCACCAUGUACGCUUUUGUUCCAGACCAAUGUGCAUUGCACCCGCUGAUCACUUACAGUCCUAUACCCCCGCAUGUGUAUAAAUGUACAUAUUUUACAUCACUUGCCAUUUGUUUUUGUGUCUCAUUUUGUUUCUUUUGUAUCGCUAUGAUACAGUGUAGUUGAGCUCUAUUAAAAGUGCUCUGCUCUUUU